UGUCUGCAGCUGUUGGCGUUCACGCAAUCGUUUUCACAAGAUGAAAUUGGCUUUGAUUUGCCUAUCGAUUUUCCUGACUGUUUCGUGUUCCCAGCAACGUUUAAAUAAAAGAUUAACAUGGCCCAUCUCCUAUUAUUCACCAAGAACGUUUUAUCCAUGGCCGUAUUCAUUAGAAGAAUUUCCUCUGGACUCUUUAAACCCAUCCACCUUAGUAGCGGAUGAAGCGUUCCAGUUGGACAAUGACGGUGCUAAAAGUGAUCAAGAUUGGCUAACGUUGGAUGCUGUUCAAUCACGAUCUGCUAAUCGUUUCCGACCAAAACUCUCCAAUUUAAAUCAAUAUCCUGUGUCACAGCAGAGGCGUUUCUUUGGCGCUUUCAAUCCAUUUUUCGGCAACAACAAUAAUCUGUUCUCCUCUUUUGCUCCGCAAAGCUCAACUCUGGUGACUAUCACUGCUUCGGUCACGCUAACAACGGCCGUGAUCAGUACCUGCAUUCCAAAUACGCAAUUCUCAGUUGGAGCUGCCAAUCUCGUCUGCGCCAGAAGGCGACGUCACGUUGCUGAGGUGAUGGAUCCAUUGGACGAUAUCGAUCCCAACUCAUUCCUUCACACUCAAGUAUCUCCCACACAAGUUCGAACAGUUGAAACGACUGAAAUUCCGCUGGCCAAUAUCGAACGUGAACGACGUCAAGCAGAUUUCCAGGGCAUCGUAUCAUCUAAAGAGGAUGUCGAAUCUCUUGAUAAUGAUAGCAAAGACCAGGCUUUGAUUAAUCAGCGUCAAAAUCGAGCCUUUACCGUGACGUUCUCAACGACGACAACCAGCUACUUCUUCACGUCGACUGUCGUGAGGAAGACAUUGAACCUGGCCGCAUCAACUGCUCUUUCUUGCGUCCCAGUUGGUUAUCUCGUGUGCUAAGACGUUCCAAUGUAAACCUUGAUGAUUUUGCAUUUGAUUUAACUUUGUUUCAUGGUGUUAUGGGUAUCCACUUUGUACUCAUUGCCUAUU